AGAACUUGUGGACUUGUGCAGUGAGAUACCACAGUGCAAAGGGCUGUGGUUUGGCGUUUCAUCCACUUUCGGGUGUUCCUCGGAGCAGUCGCUUCUCUGCAGAAGCAUCAUGGGGGAAUCAGAUGACUUUUUUGACUUGGCGGAUGCAUUGACUCCUAACGCUACUCCUGCGAGUGCCCCCAAAUUGAAUACUAGUGGAACUCCAGAUUCCAAUGUCAAUCCAGGAUGGAAUGCCCCAGCUCCGGGAUAUUGGCCAGCACCUGGCGGAGUCAACCCUUUCCCACCACAACCGAUGCCACCCGGACAACCGAUGCCACCCGGACAACCGAUGCCACCCGGACAACCGAUGCCACCCGGACAACCAUGGUUUCCAGGCCCCCAGGGACCUGCAGGCACCAUGCCUUUCCAACUUGGACCUGGAUUCCCUGCAAAUCCUGGAGCUCCCGGGCGAUUGCCAAUGCCCUACGACUUGCCUCUCCAGGCAGGUUUCCCUCCAGGUGUAAUGCUGACAAUCUGGGGUUCUGUCAAACCAAAUGCUGAAAGGUUUGCCUUCAACAUACUGAGGCGCAAUGACAUUGCUUUUCACUUUAACCCUCGUUUCAAGGAGAACAGUUAUCAACAAGUGCUUGUCUGUAAUAGCAAAAUCAAUGAUUCUUGGGGUUCAGAAGAAAGAGAAGGGAAGUUGUUUCCAUUUAAAUAUGGACAAGCAUUUGAGAUUUUGGUUCUUUGUGAACCAGAUCAAUUUAAAUUGGCUGUGAACGGUCAGCAUCUACUGGUGUACAAACAUCGUAUCAAGACUCUGAGUGAACUAAGCCAGAUUAGUAUCUAUGGCGACAUGGAACUGAAUUACGUCGGGUUGAAGCAUAAUGCUUAAGGUUCUCAGAAACGUCCUGCAUGAUCUAAAUAGAAGCAUUUGUAUCCAAACAUUGGUAUUUAAGCUCUGCUAUGAAUUGAAUAAUUACUCAGCUCAUUCAUUUUCUUUUUUUUAAAAAAAUAGAAAUAUAUUGGGUGGAUGGGGGGGGUUGAAAAUGCAGUUAAAGACCAUGCCACCGUUGAAAUGAUCUGAUGAUUUCCGUGGAAGGUGUCCAUGUCACUAACCAGCACAAAGACUGUUGCCGUCCUUAACUCACUUCAACAUUUUAUAGACCCAAGUACCUUUCAUGCUCAAAAGCAGCCAAGAUGUCCUGGAGAGCCCUAUUGCACCAUGACUUUAGAUUCCAGUCUUGACUGCGUGGAAUAGGGUUUGUGACUAAAGACUAGUUUUUAGCUAUGUACCAGUGACCAGGUGGGGUUAUGUUGCAUGAAAGUGAUUAAGUCUCAGUACUGGUUGUAGAAAUUGAUUAAUUAUUGUGUUAAUUAUAUUUGACUUGCUGGUAUCCUUGGAAGCGAUGUAUUGCUUCUGAAUAAAUUUUGUCAUCACUC